CAUUUUACUUUGAGUGGCGUGAUAUGCUUCAUUACUGGAUUGCAGACAUUAAUUUGCAUUCUGGGAAAUCUAUGAAGCAAAAAAAAAAAAAAAAAAAACAGGUGUGAAAUCUCACCUUUGCUGCUUGGCAAUGUGACAGCAUAAAUAAAGUCUGUGUUCAAAUAUGAGCUCAAAGACAACACAUAAACUAUCUGGUGAGAACAGGACUUGGCCUUCAGACACAGUUUAUUUCCUCUAUCCGCUGUGUGACAGGAUGUCGAUACUCCACUCUAAGCUUCUUAGGGCGCUAAUGAAAGUGGCCGCAUAUUGUCCGGGGGACAGAUGGUUUCUGUCUUGAUUAAGUUUUAAUUUUCCUGACGGGAGAAGCUGGCAGGCUUUGCUGGUCGCAGUUGUCCCGCUGUGUUCACAGUCCAACAUAUCUCUCACAUCACAUCCUGCCUGAGAGGUAUAGCCUCGUAGCUGCAGGUAGAGGAGCUGAGGUGUGAAACUGCAGCUCUUCACUCAGCCGACGUGUUGACUCCUAUCUCAGCUUGGGGCGUUGUUUAGCAGCACGCGGGUGGUCGCCACACUUUUUUUUGUUUGUUUUACUCGCUCGCACCCUGACUUGAAGAAGAAAACUUUAUGAAACUGGAGGAUUAUCUGCUGCAGGCUGAUCAUGUGCAUCAAUAACCUGAGCAGAGGCAAGAUGAGGCUGAACAUAUUGGCUGGACCAUUACACUGGGGCCUCCUGCUUCUCUGUAUAGCAGGCUUCUGCAGCCAGCUUGUGUCCACUGGCAACCAAAGCUCCCGAGGACAGGCAGGGUCAUCGCAGGAGAGGACAGGGACUUGUGAAGUGGUUGCUGCUCAUCGUUGCUGCAAUAAGAACAAGAUUGAGGAACGCUCUCAAACAGUCAAGUGCUCCUGCUUCCCAGGACAGGUGGCGGGCACAACAAGGGCUCUGCCCUCUUGUGUUGAAGCCUCCAUUGUUCGUCAGAAGUGGUGGUGUAAAAUGGAGCCGUGUCUGAAGGGAGAAGAGUGCCGAGUCCUUCCUGACCUCACUGGUUGGUCAUGCAUCUCUGGAAACAAAGUAAAGACCACAAAGGUGGCGCGGUAGCAAGAAAAUCCAUCUAAUCAGUACAAGCCUGUCCUGGCCUGCUGCAGUCACCUUAACUAACACUGGACUCCAAAGACAGUGAACGCCCUGUCAGAUAGAGCAAAGAACAAUGUAGAUUUAAUUAGAUAUCUCCUGGUUGAGCUUUAAACUGCAGGAACUCAUUAUUUUAAUUUCCCUUAGCUUGAACACAAUUUAGGCUGGGGUUAAUCCCGUGGAGUGGACAAUCUAUUAGCAACUGACUUAAGAUAAAGCGACGCAGCGCCCCUUUCCCAGUCCAAACAGGCAGCCACUGCACAAGUCUGUAUCAUUGUUUCAGUGCUUGAUAUGCUAGGCACAUUGUGAUGCACUCAAUCAAAGUUUGGAUGGGCCUGCUGGCAGACACUUAAGGAGAGAUUUUGUGGAUUUUCAGGAGGCAGAAUGUGAAUCCAGUCAGUUGCUUGUGACUCUCUCCGCCGAUCAAAGCAGAAGACCACAAAUACUGAGAAAUUUAUGAUUAUGUAGCAUUUGUAAACAAUGCUGUCCCGUAGACUUGCUCUGAGCUUUGUAAAGGGGUCAGAUCCCUUCGGACUACUCCUUACCACAAAGAGGCACUCUUCCAAACACGCCUGCACACAGACACACACUCAGUCGUGCACAGAAAGGCUGCUUUUCGACUCCACUGGUUGGACAGGCCACCACCUGCAAGGCUGUGAUGGCAUGCACACAAGCAUGAAGCCUUGAUGCAAAACAAGGACUGUUUGAAAUGCUAAUCAUGGGGAGAAAGGGGAGAGAGAAGAGAAGAGGAGCUUCUUCACCGCUGAGAGUAUUUACAUCAUGCUUUUGUUUGUCUCUCUAAACUGAGUACUCCUGUGGAGGGAACUCCACUUAUAGUAAUGAUGGGAAACAUUGGAGGUUCUUUGCCUUGAAGCAAAUUGUAGCCACUAACAGAACUGAAUAUUUACCAUUAUUACCACUUCAUCGGUUGUCCUCUUUAUAUGAAUAAUAUUCCUCCUGGACCCACCCUGAUUGCUUCUCUUUUAUCUCUUGAGUUCAGUCAGACACUUUGCAUUUUACCUUUGCAAUGAAGAGACAUUUUAUAAUAACACUUAUACAGCGACUGCAAAUCAUCCCAUCCAAGGCAUCAGACUUGUAUGAAUGCCACAUGCUGUGCUAGUUGAAAGCAGCUGAAUUCUAAGCAGUUUGCUCAACAUUUACUUAAUGCAAUUAUGCAUUAUGGUUGUCUCGCUGGUGACAAGAUUCUUCACCGAGCUGUCAUGCGGUCCGAGGCAUUUUAAGUGUGGCUUUGCUUUGUAAACACUCAAGUUCUGAGUAUAAUUUAAUGUUAGCAGUGCGGUAAAUGUCAUCGAAAUCAUGUUAUUUUAAGAUUCAUAUAAUGACUGUAAUGAUAUUGAAUUUGUUGUUUAGAAAAUCUCUCCUCUAAAUCAGUGAUGCCAUCCACUUUAUACCAGUGGGCCCCAACCUUUUUCUGAAAGAGAUCCCUUUUAUAUCAUUGAGUACACUGACAACCCUGCACUAAAUGUCAUAUUUUAGGAAUAUUUCAUAAUAUAUUCAAUGCAUAACAGAAAUAGCACUGAUCAACAGAUAAACUGCGACAUGAACACAAAUAGUGAAAACAAUAACUGCAGGAAGUUUGUAUUAGAUGAGCGAUUUCGAUGAAUAUUACAUCAGAUAUUUCUUUUUGUAAGUUUUUAACAAUCAUACAAAAUUUUAUUUUUGACAAAUUCAGUGUUUUCCUCGGUCUGACGCUUGGCCUUUGUUCUAUUAGCUCUUUGGUUCCUUUUAACUUCACACUUUUCUAAAUCAGAAGCAGUGUUUUGUGUUCAUGGGGUCUCAUUUAUAAACACUGUGUAUGCCCCAACGAGGCCUCAAAGAGGUGUACGCCACUUCCCACGCAAAAACAGACUUGAUGGGAAAAACUUUGGCCCAUGCUUACAAACAUUUUGGAGACGGCAAAUUAGCGAUACAGAUGGUGAGGGGGAAGCCUGAUUGUAGUUCAAUCAGGAGAGACUCUCUUUUUUUCUUUUUAUAAUAGUAAAUAGAAUAUUUAUUAACAUGUGCACAUAAGAAUGAAAAAUGUGGAAACUCUUUGGCGAUUAGAACCCAUAGAGAUGGUAUAAUUUAAGGAGGGUGAACAAUCCAUAGACGAAUAGGGAUAGGGGUAGAGGUGAAGAUGGAGAAGUGGCGAUGAUCUGGAUGAGUAGAGGAGUGGGCCUUUUGUGAGCUUGUCCUGGACUCUGGAUACGAUGGCUGGAAGUGAACGAGGUGGAGAAGGCGCAACAAUUCUGCUUAAAAUGACGCCUGAUGCAACAGAGGAGAGAGUUGCAGUGGCAUCCUGACUGGCUGAUAGAGAUUGUGGCAAAGUUUGAUUGGAUA